GGCCAGAUUAUCUGCACCGAACCACAACCAAAGGUCUACCUCCUCACUUUCACCAACGCCCCGGACAACCGUCUCGUUACAGCGUUCUGCAAGACGUUACAUCUUGCCCUCGAUAUCAUCCAACAUCGCUAUCCUCCAGGCGUCGUCAUGACAACCUCCUCAAUCCCAAAAUUCUACUCCAAUGGCAUGGACAUCGAGCACGCGACUUUUAGCGGAGGUUACAUGCCGGAUCGACUUUAUGCUUUGUGGAAAAGGUUCUUAACGUAUCCCAUGCCUACGGUCGCGGUCAUUAAUGGUCAUGCGUUUGCUGGGGGAUUGAUGUUGGCUAUGAUGCAUGAUUAUAGGAUUAUGAAUCCUCAUAAAGGGUACUUGUGUCUGAAUGAGAUUGAGUUGGGAGCUCCUUUGAGGCCGCCUAUGACUGCUGUGUUUCGGAUGAAAUUGAACGGGACGGUUUUGAGGAAGAUGGUUUUGGAGGCGUAUCGGUUUAAGGCUCUUGAGGCUUUGGAGGCGGGGAUUGUGGAUUCGCUUGGGGGUGUUGAGGAGGGGUUGAAAUUGGUGGAUGAGUUUAUGUUGGUGAAGAAGGCGCAGCCUGGGGCGACGGGGAGGAGUGUUUAUGGAGAGUUGAAGAGAGAGAUGUGGCGGGAGACGGUGGAGUUGUUGGAACGUGAGAAUUGGGGGGAUGAACAUGGUAGGGAAGCAAAGAUCCAGGAGCGGGUUAGGAGGGAGGAUGAGGGGAGCUUGAGGAGGGUCGUGGAGUGGGAGAAGGAGAAGGGGAAUGCUAAGGGCAAGGCGAAGUUGUGA